UCUUUGUCUGAAAUGAUUUCAUGAAUGCGAAAAUGAAAAGAGUGGUAAGUUGGUUUCAUUUUUGAAACACGGCAACAACGUUGAAAAGCAUUCUCUAACCACACUGUCUAGUUUUGGCGCUCCCUUCAGCAUCGUCACAGUUCACAACUAUAAAAACAGUCAAAGGACACAACAACGUGCACCAAAAGGUCGCCGGAGAAUGGCAAACUGUCACCGGAAUAGCGUUGGAUCCAUCGCUCUCGACCACCGACACACUGAGAAAAAUGCCACUGCUGGCGGCCACUUCCGUGUGCUCCGCCGCUUGAUCUUCGAUGCCGUCAGCUGCGGCGGCACCUCCCGCUACCGUUAUCGCCAGCGUGGCGGCGGCGAAGGAAGCGUUGGUGACUUUAGUUCGGUGGCUAGUCAUGCAGAGAAGGAGGAGAGGUCGGAGAAGAGGUCGGAGAAGCUGUCGGAUCUGCUGAACGCGGCGGAGACGAAAACGGAUGCGGAGGUGGCGAGGAAGGAGGAGGCAUUGGCGGAGCUGAAGCGAGUGGUGAAGGAGUUGCGCGAAGAAGACCUCUCGAUGCGGAGAAUCGCGGCGGAGAGAGUGAGGUCGCUGGCGAAGGAAGAUGCCGAAGCGAGAGCGAAUCUCGCAAUGCUCGGAGCAAUUCCUCCUCUCGUCGGAAUGCUCGAUUCGGAAGACGCUCGUUCGCAAAUCGCUUCGCUCUAUGCUUUGCUCAAUCUCGGAAUCGGCAACGAUGCAAACAAAGCGACUGUAGUGAAAAUCGGCACUGUACACAAGAUGCUGAAACUAAUUGAAUCGAGUGAUUCAAAUUCGUCGGUGGCCGAAGCGAUUAUUGCGAAUUUCCUUGGAUUGAGUGCUUUGGAUUCGAAUAAACCGAUAGUUGGUUCCUCCGGUGCAAUACCGUUCCUUGUUAGCACCCUAAAAAAUUUAGAGGCUAGUAAAACCGUAUCACAAUCCCAAUCGCAAGUGAAGCAAGAUGCUCUGCGCGCUUUGUACAAUCUUUCAAUAUGUCAGAGCAACAUUUCGGUUAUUCUGGAGACUGAUUUGGCUUGGUUUUUAGUGAGCGCGAUAGGGGACAUGGAAGUGAGCGAGAGGAGUCUGGCGAUUCUGAGCAAUUUAGUGUCGACUCCGGAGGGAAGAAAAGCGAUCGGUGGUGUGAGCGAUGCUAUUCCGAUUCUGGUGGAUGUGUUGAGUUGGACGGACUCGCCAGAGUGCCAAGAGAAGGCGUCGUAUGUGCUGAUGAUUAUGGCACACAAAGCUUACGGGGACAGGAGGGCCAUGAUCGAGGCAGGGAUUGUGUCGUCGCUGCUUGAGUUGACGCUUGUCGGAACCACGUUAGCUCAGAAGAGAGCCUCCAGAAUAUUGGAGUGUUUGAGGGUGGACAAGGGGAAACAGGUUUCAGGGAGCUACGCUGCAAACUUGAAUUUGGGUGUCUCUGCUCCUAUUUGUGGUGGCUCUUCUUCCUCCGAGGGUGGUGCAGGAGGAAGAGGGUCCUUGGUGGAGGAGGAAGAUGGAAUGAUGAUGAGUGAGGAAAAGAAAGCAGUGAAACAGUUGGUGCAGCAAAGUCUGCAGAAUAACAUGAUCAAAAUCGUGAAGAGGGCCAACUUGCGUCAGGAUUUCGUUCCAUCUGCCCAAAUUGCUUCACUCACUUCGAGUUCCACUUCCAAGAGCCUCCCAUUUUGAAUAAACGAUUUCACACUGUAGUUUCGUGGUGUUUUUAGUCUUGUAGCUAUUUCCUAGCACUUAUAAAAUAGUAGAUUACUCAUUAUAAUAGUAUCAAUUUCCACUUUGUGUAGCUUUUGGUUCUAUCGUUUUUUGGUAUCUGCUAAGGACACAUUAUGUUUCUUUGGCGUGAGCUAUUUGAAUUUGAGGUUUAGAUUUGCUGGUUUUGGUGUAGUUUGUUGGUGCCUCCCCAUCAGUGGCAUAACAGAAAAAAUGGAAAAUCUCAGGUUUGCUUUAAGAAUGCAAACUCUA